AUGUGCCACGGUGAAUGGGACUAGCGGUAGUUGCGUCGGUGCCCCUGGAAAAUAGAUCCGAUGCAGUGGAAGCGAUGGCGCCCGCUCUAACCGAGCCAUUAAGCCAAAGCAAACUGUCCUCUUCGGCUGCGUCUGGCGCAUCGCCGCGGACGAGCAGCAGCACGACAACCACAGCCACUACCACAUUCGACGGUACUACGAUCGUCACCUCACCGGGUAAUGUUCAUACCGAACUAGAUCAUCACCAGCAACAAACGCAACAGUUGGAGCAAAUUUUGACCACACCAGACCACCCCCAACACUACUCGGUUCCGGUGGACGUGUCUGAAGCUGUAGUCGUAACGGCCACUACCACGGCACUAUCGGAGGAAAACAUUCUCCCAGCCGGUGGUGGGGAAGUGUCACAGGUGCAAGGAACGGCGACAAUGUCCCUGUUGAUGGGUUCCAGCGACGUUGUUGGAUCGACCACUGUGGACGACAUACAAAAUAACAAUAGCGGUGAGCCGGGUUUGAAGCUCGAUACCGACGCGAACCGUGACCUGAUCGAAUUGGCCCUCGAGCAACUUCACCAGGACGAAACCAUGGGUGGCGGAGGAAAUGGCAACGAAACGCCUGCCGUAGACUCGAUGACGGUGUCCAACGUGGUAGACAUGGCUUCCGUUACAGCGCAUUCCUCAAUGCCGGCUAACGUAUUGCAACUUGCCACACAGCAUCCGAUCACUGAUCUGAUGCCGAUGGAGUUGCCACCAACGCAGAUGAUCGUAUCUCAAGGCGGUUUUCCCGAUGCACAGCAGCAACAACAAAUGACCAGUGGCGCCAGUUUUAUGAGCAUGCCAAUCCAAGAUUCCUCCCAAUCGUCAUCCUCGCUUACCGGGAUGGGUGGCGUCAGUGGUUCGAGUGAGCUGGGCAUGCAGCUAAAGGAAAGCAACGAAGUAGAUCAGAUGAUACGAGAACUCUCCACGGCGGACAUCGACCUGCUGCAGGUAUUCAAAAGCUUCGACAACAAUAAUCUGCUCCUGUUCAGCGAUGCGGACGUGGCGAACCUGUGCGACGUGCCAGUGGUCGAUGGGAAUCAAUCGCAAUCCUCUCCGAACAAAGAUCGGGAGCGGUUAGAGCAGCACGCGGAAAUCCUUAAAAUGCAGGCACAGAUGCAACGAAAGCAAGACUUUCUCGUCCGCCGACUCAGCAAGCUUAAAGCCCGGUACAUGGGCCAGCACAUCAGCGAAGAGAUCGCCGGGCUGUUCGAGUACACGCAACGGUUCUGGAAGAAGCGCGAAAAGGAGAAUGCUAAACAGUUGCACAACAUGAACAGUAGCAUCGGUAACACCAGUACCAGUAACAGUGCCGGGUUGAUGGGCAAUAAUGCUGGACCGUCGUUUUCCUCCGGCGCCGAAGGUUGCUGGCCCGAUAUUAUUCCAUUUCAAGCACCUCCACCCGAUCAGACACCGGAAAAGUUGAAACCUAUCUCGGCCAACGGACUGAAAACGUUCACCAAGCGGCUCGAAUCCAUUGCGAGCACGAUCUGUUCGGAGCAGAGCAAGCGUGUCCUGGACGGACGUUACUUUCACGGUGUAAACAGCAUCGGUAAUGCGGCAACACCGCCGACCAGUGGUGUUGGGAGAGCAACAGAUCCGACCACCGGUUUUGUUUCCAACAUCUCCAACACCAUCCCGUUGUUUGAACGAUCGGCGGCGCAGGAGCUGGAACAGACGUCCGGUUUGCUGUAUGCCGAAUUGCGACAGGUUCAGACUACCAUCGAUUCGGACGCAACGCUCAGCAGCUCAGGCGGUGAAUCGGCGGAUGAAUCUAUACCGUACUUGAACGAUGUGCAAGAACCACUUCCAAUUACCGAACGAGCCGCCUGGAGGUGGGCAAAUGAUCGAGCGGCCGUAGCUUGCAAAUGGACGUGGGUCUGUGCACGGAUAGCAGAUCUGGAGUAUCGUAUCCGGCAACACGGUGAGGUACUGAACAAGAUACGUUGCAACAAAGGUCCCGUCCUGCUAGAGGAUUUCACGCCGUCCGGCGACCAGCUACAACAGUCCCAACAGUCGGUGAAUGGUUAUCGUGGCCAGCUACCGGGCAGCAGCAAACCCUUAACAUCCCAAUCCACCGUAACGGAUGAGGAAGAUGCCGAUACGGCGUCCCGUUGCUCCCGGACGAAACCCUACUGUCGCUCCCAGUUCCGGAAACGGAAACUGAUGCAAACGCACAACCUGCACACCGUAUCGAAACGAGCGGCAAAACCAAGCAACAUCAAGUGCGGUUGCCAGUGGCCGUUGCUUCCCUGUGCUCUGUGUACGGGACGUACGGAUCCGACUGCACUUCGAGAUCCGCUCGAUACACUCACGUUCCCGGAACGCAUCGCACUGCUCGAUGCAAGCUUCCAUCCCGUGUUGAGCUUCCCAGAAGACAUUUCUCACAGCAUACAUUUGGAGGCGAUAAUGCGAACACCGGACUGGCAGAGUAAAAUGAUUCGCAGCAAAGCCACCACCGGCCUCGCUGAAUCGGUCCCGGGAACGUCGUCUUCACGCGGUGGAGCAUUUUUCUCAUCCGGUGACGAAAUGACACAAUCCUCGCACGGUAAGCGCUACAUUGGUUCGGACGGCAAGCGGAAGUACGAGUCAAUGACAAGCAACAAGUACAAGAAUAACGAUCGCUACAUAAGUGAUAGUGGAAACAGAUCCAAAAAAGCCAAAACGAAACGGGAUGUGAUACUUUCGAACAGCCGUAAAUCCGGAUCCGGUUAUGCGUACGACGGUUCGCGCUCGGGUUCGAACGGCCAUCGAAACAACAGGAAUCAGGCGGGCGUGAGCAAGUCGAGAAAAUCUUCCCAUUGCUAUGAUAAUUACGAUGGCAAUGAUGUUGGACGUAGCAGAAACACGUCCCCAACGAACAACAACCGGAAUGAAAGGAGGUAUCGCAACACCAGUGCAUUCGACAUCGGUAGCAUCGUUAUCCCACAGAGUAUGGCGGCAUCAACGAGAGUGUCACUACCACAAUAUAAGGAUAUCGCUGUACCGAAAUGGCGCAUCGUUGGUGAUCAUGAUGAUGCAGAUGAAUCGCUUAACAGUCAGCUAGACAGUUCCGACAUUGCGUCGAACAAUGAUCAAUCCAUGAUAGUAUCUGUAGGCAUGGAACAGCAACUGUCCGCUGAAGGAGUAAACGUGAACAUAUUGAAAACUCCGAUCAAGAGUGACUCCUCCGCGAUUCCACCAAAUGGUACGAAAACGCCUUCCACCUCUUCCGGGUACUUGGAAGCGGUACAGCAGCAAUUGAUUGUGAUACCGGCCCAAGACGAGGAAGACAUUUCCGAUGAAGCGAUCAUGCUGAAGCACGACCGUGCACUGCAGGAGGAACGCAAAAAGUUCCGAACGUACCUAAAGUUCCCAUGGAGCCGGCCACGUGCCAAGCGGCGCACCGACAGCCGGGCCGGCUCGAGCGGUGGCAAUACGCCCGAUCCGACAUCGCCAGCACCGCCAACACCGAUGGUGGAACAUGAUUCUUCGCCGGCGUGUCCAUCGACUCCAAUAACGCCCCAGGAUGGGCAGGAGCUUUCCGAAGCUAAUGUUAUUAAUGCGCUUAACAAAAGUCUCCACAAGAAAGAACGCCGUAGGACGGUAUCAUCGAAACGGGAAGAGCAACAAAUGCAGGGAGCAGGCACUACUACUCCAGACACACGCGAAGUCGUUUCGCCGUACGAAGCACUACAGUUCCCACUGGAGGACAGCAUUUUCGAGGACAUGGUACGCUCGAUGCCGAGCGAUCAUCUCGACAAUGACUGCCUUAGCAAGCUGACUGGCCGCAACGGGCUACCGUUCCGCCGCCCAGCGCAUCGCAACAACAACAUACUGCUGAAGGUAAACUCGAGCGUUAAUCUGGCACCGGCCAGCCUUGGUUUUGGCAGUCAGAACCCGCUCAGCUCGAAUGCAUCGACCGCGACGACAGUAUCGGCGACCGAAACCGAUAUGGAAGAUUUCGAUGAUGAAGAUCUGAUGCUUGCGAAACGAAUGGAGAAGGAGCUGAUCAUGCAGCGGCUACUGAACAGCCGCAGUGAGUCGCAACAGUAUGAAAUUGAGCCACCGUCCGCCAAACCUAUGCUGGACGAUGAUGAGGACGUGAUUGACGACGAAGAAACCGAUACGGGUGAAUCGUUGUUCGUCGAGGAAGAUGAUCCAAAUGAUCCGGAAUGGCACGAUCGGCCAGUAGGUGGUCGGUCGGGUGGUAUUGGUGGUGGUGUUGGAAGUAAUGGUGCUGGAAGUAAUGCAAGAAUGUAA